AUGGACAGAAGUAGCGUUAGUCGACCGCUGAUUUCAUCGUGGGAAGUUUUACUAUCAUCAGCAGAAAUCACUUCUAAUUUAUUACCUCGUCUCGUUUGCUUUCCUCUAUCACAAUAUUAUUUGCAGAAACUAUCUCAAUUAGGUUCAAAAGCACAAUGUGAAUUAUUAAUGGAUUUUAUGAACAAUACUCUGGAACAUAAUCAAUCAUACAAAUCUUCUCGUGCAUUCGAUGAAACGCGUGAUAUUCCUAUAUCACUUUAUGUAUGUCAUUGGUGGAUAACGCAGUUUCAAGAAGUGGAAAUUGAAAAUCCAAUAAAGCAAGGCAUUCAAUUUACAAAAAAACAUCGUGAUCACGUAAGAUGGGAUAAUGCACUACUUCCUUUUCGACGUUCAGGUUUAUGGAUGACGAUGAAAGUAGUACUUCAAACUAUUCUUAUCAAAAAUUUAGGAAACUUUGGUAAUAUCGCUUAUAAACUAUUGAUCACUUACUUUCUUACAUACGUGAUUUAUACAAGACAAAAACGUAUCGAUUCGAAAAUAAAUGUUGACUUGUUAAUACAUUGUCUUCGAAAAAUUGUACGAAGAUUAAAUAAAAUCGAUAAUUUGUCGUUCAUUAUUGAUUCGGAUACUGUGAAAGAAUGGAUCAAAAAUACAAAAAGAAACAUUGAACAACAACUGAAUCAGAUAAUUCCUAUUCUGGCUUGGCAGCAACCUAUCGAAAGAGAGAAGCAAGAAGCUCUAAAGUUAUUAACAAUCGAAUUAAAUAAAAAUUAUUCCGAAAUCUAUCAGCAUUCCUGCGAGAAAAUAAAAGCUUAUCUAGCUAAACGAGUUUCUAACAGUUCAAAUCUGCGAUCUUCAAACAACUGUCCAUAUUUUGGUACGAUGAACACGAGUGUUCAAACGAAAACGGCACUACCCUCAUUAGCAAAUUUCAGUAAUCAAUUGAAAUAUACAACAGAAGUAGCUUUGACUCGUGUAGAACUAUGGAUUGAGUUUUGUUCGGAGUCAUGGCUUAAUGGCAUAUCACUAUGUGAAAAUACCAAGGAAGCUUUUACAAAACUACUAAAUCUCUUCGAAGAAUAUCAGACUACAGCUUUGAAGCAUUAUUAUUUAGAAAAGUCAUCCAUUGAUCCUAUAGGUUAUACUCGAUUUAUUCUAACGUCAUUAACAGUUAUUCGUCUAAUGCAUCAGAAAUUAUGUGCAGAUCAAAGAUUCGAAAGACUGAGAUUUCAUUCAAUCGAAAUUCCCCAUCUCAUUGAAUUAUUCGACUUUUUAUUGUUACCUACUCGAAAUGAUAUGAUUCGAGCUCAUGAGCUUUAUAAUUUUUUCAAAGAAUACAGUCAAAAACAAUAUCCAGAUCUUAUCAGAAGUAUCGACUCGUCGAAUGCGUUUGGUGUACAUUUUGCCAGUCAAUCAGAAACAAUGAAUGAAAGCUUGAGUCAAAUUCGAGCUCAAGCUGACCGAGACAAACAGACUAAAAUUAAGGAAGUAAACGAUGAGAAGGAAAGAUAUGCACAACUUAUGGAAGAAGCUAAUAAACUCAACUGUGAAUGCGUUUUCGGUACAUAUAGGAGAGGUCGUUAUGUUCGCACUUAUGUGAAAGAAAAAUGUGUUCGAUGCAAAACUAUUGAAAAAGCAAAAAACAUUAAAGUAGACAUUUAUGAAUGUCCAAUACCAACGAGACAAGAAAGUGCAUUAGCUGUUAUCUUCGAGUUACAAAUGCCUAUUGAAAUUCGAUGUUAUCGUGAGAUUCUUUGGCAAUUUAUAAAUCGACCUAAUCCACAACCAUAUAAUUCUAAGUAUGAAUGGCUGAGCGUUCGACCCCAUAGUAACAAGUUAAGAUCAUUCUAUACUGGUCCAUAUAAUUCUAAACUAAAAUUAGUUUCUUCUACUGAAUCUCUAACACAAAGUCAUUAUUCUACUCCCCGACCAGUGUCAUCGACAUCUCUAGAACAAUAUUUGUAUGAAAACUCCCUACAAGUAGAAAUCUCUCCAACUAAUCCGACAACAUUGCAGAAUGAAUGUCGAACACUAACACCUCAACUAACUGAUCCCGAUUACAAACAUUUGCAGUUUUCUAUUGAUACCACAGAAUUUGUGCAGAACCAAGUAAUUUCAAAAGUAACAUAUUGUCCAUCACGUAUAAAAUCUACACAUUUUGUUGAGUUUGGUUCGUUUCGUUCGGGUCAUCGAUUACAAUGGUGGAAUCUAUUGAGUAUAUUGGAAUGUGAAGCUUUGUCACUUAAUGAAGAAAGUGUCGUUCUACUCAUCGUACAUUCAAUUUUACAGAAUGGUCCAAUGAUUCAGAAUGAAAAUGAAGUCGUCGGUUCGUGGUGUCCAGAAGCGCAUCAACCAUUAUUAGAAGAUUAUUUUGUAGAUGAAUUGAUCAUGAGAUUAGAACGAUGUUUGACAGGUUGUAAACGCAAUUGGCAGAAUGAAUGUAUUUUAAUCAUUAUUAUAAUAAUCACUAUAAGAAUAUUGAAUAUUUGUAAUAACACAAAAAUAAAUCAAGUGACAGAAUUAGCUAUGAAAUGUCGUCGUAUCGGUGAAAAAUGGAUUGAACUUAUUUCGAAUACGAUUCAAAAUUUACCAUCAAAUGAUCUUGAUCAAAUAAAUCAAUUACGUGACAAAAUUGUUAUUAUUAGUACUUCUUGUCUACUAAUAUUUUCAGUAAAUACAGAUCGUUUGCAUGGUUUACUAUCGUCUAAUGAACAUGUUAUUUCUUUACUUAAAGCAGUUACAACUAUUCAUGAUAAUAUGAUUUUGAAUAAGAAACAAGUUGAUAGAAGUGAUUUUAUGAAAAGUCUCAUUCGAUGGAGUAAUCGUGUGUUAGUAAUGAUACAGCCAACAUUGACUGAAUGUCUUCAACAAACUGCUUAUCAAAGUUUAAAUGAGUUUACGGCUAUCUAUUGUGGUCGAUUUCGAAAUGUAACUAUGAGUGAAGGAAAAUGGCAAAAACGAACAACUGAUGUUUAUGAUGGUUGGUAUGAUGGUCAAUAUGGAUCGCAUGCAGUAGCCAUUGACUGUUUGAGAGGAUACUUCUUAUUUAAUGGAAAUACGAUUAUGUUUUUACCUGAAAAAAUUACUUCUAAUUCAUUAUUUCGUCGUAUAUUCGAUAACCAUAUUCUUGAAGUAUACUCAACCGAUUCGGACCAGCGAUAUAUCACAAAACAUACAUAUCAUGAUGAUGAGAAUGUUGUCUAUGAGUUUCAUUUCAAUCAGAACAUUUCAACUUUAGUAGUACUCGAAAUACAUACGAAAACAAACGAAAUCUUUGAACUUAUUCCUCAUGAAUGCUUCGAAAGAGAACUUGCCGAUAUUUUCGUCUCGAAUUAUAGCCACUGGUUGAAUAGACGUAGUCAAGAAAUUGAAUUUCGAUCUAUUAAAUUUAAUCAUCCUAAUUUUCUCAAAGAUAAACCCUAUAUAUUAAACUUGAAAAAUGGAUUUAUAAAAACAAACAAUGUAGAAAAAACAGAAAUAUUGAUUUGUCGAUCAUCAAUAUUCUUUCAAAAUUUAUUUCAAAAAUAUUUUAUUCGUCUUGAUGAUGAACCGUAUGUGUAUAUGCUGUGUGAUAAUAUUUCACAAAUAACUGAAAAAAUCUCAUCAAAAAUCAAUGCAACUGUAUUUAUUUAUCUCUCUCGUUUGGGUAUUGCUUUCAAAUAUGAUACACAAAGUCAACGUAUAGCUUCACGUGAAUAUGCCGAUUUUUUUAUUGAUGAAAAUCAAUGGUUUGGUACAUUAACAGGCUUGAAAAGAGGUCUUCUUCUUUCUUCAAUAUCUAAAACUCAUCAAAAAGAACAGUACUAUUCAUCAAGAAAAUUGAUUGUUCCUUUUGGAAAGAUUUCUAUUGAACGAGUAUCCAAAAAUGAUCAUCAAACUGUAACAAUCGAAAGAACUUUAUCUAUCCCAUUUCUUUAUCAAUAUUUUGUUUUUACUCUGAAUGAUCGUUUACGAAUUCUACAAUCAACAGACAGUCCAACAGGAUGGUUGUAUCUUGCACUGUUACAUGCUGUAACAUCACAUUCUCUACAAGAUUUCUAUACUGGAAUGACAGGAAUGGAACGUGCUUUUCAAUUGCUUAACUCAGCUGGUUGUUGGACAGAUCAACCGUUCGAUGACUUAUCUAUUAAUAUUCUUCAUCAAAUUGCAAUGAUUUCACCAAAAGUAAAUUAUUAUCCGACACAUUUGACUUGUAUGGAAGUAAUUCAAUGGAAUAAAAAUGGUUUACCGUAUUCUCUUCAACAUUUUGGAUAUUAUUUAAUUGUUAAACAGCUCAUAGAUACGAGUGAGCAGUUAAGUUUCAUGUACUCGAACUCUACGUCCCAGAAAGCGUCCAAAAUAUUUGAAAAUAAUCGAAAUAAUGUACGAUUAUUGGGAAAACUCUAUUGGGAUUAUAGAGAUUCGUAUAAUCCGACUGUUCGAUUGUCCGAGGAGAUGGAAGCUGAAAUUGGUUCUUCCAGUGCAUCCCAACCACCUGUAAAAAAUUUGGUUUAUAGCCAGCCAAGUGCAAACUAUCAUCCAUUUUCACUCACGACUGAUAUGUAUGAGUCGGGUAAUGUAAAUCUAAAAAACAGUUCAGAAUUACAUUGUUUUCCAUUGAAUCGAUGGCUUAAAAGUGAUUAUGAACUCAAAGAAGUGUGGAUUGGUUUGUUGAAAUUAGCUAUUGCUGCCAAAGAUGCAGCAUCUGCUGGCAAUAAGGAUCCUAUGGAAGAAUUUGAAAUUUUACUAGAUUUUCUUGAUUACAUCGCUCAUAAACGUUCUAUCAAAGCAUUCUAUUUGAAAAUGUUGAAGACUGCAUUGCUAGAACCAACAAUUUCAUGGAAAUCUAUUAUCUUUCCUCAAUUUACUUCGUACAAUAAGAUUCAAGAGAUUUCAUGUUAUCAGCAACAGAUUGAAGAAAUUCUAUCAGGUUCAGAAUGUUGGAGACAAAUGAGUUUUUCGUCAACUAAUAAUUCAUCGAUUCGAAGUUUAACUGAAGAUCAACGAAAACAAAUUAUUGAAGAAAUCGAACUUUGCUUUCAGGAAGAUCGCACCUACACUGAUAACUUAAAUCUUGUUACUGUUUUCGAAAAACAGAAAAUUAACACAUUAUUAGCAUCUUGGUAA